GUCGGCGAUGGCGCGGGUCGGCGGGUCGGAGGCGGGCGGCUCGGUGCUGGGGCAGGUGACGGGGGGCAGCCUGCCGUCCACGCUGCUCGCCGCCUGCCUCUUCACCCUCAGCCUGGGCUACCUGCUCCGCCGCGCCCGGGCCCGCUCAAAACCCGGCCCGAAAUUCCCACCUCACAUCUUCUCGCCCAUUCCUUUCCUUGGACACGCGGUGGCAUUUGGAAGGAGCCCUAUCGAAUUUCUAGAAAACGCAUACGAGAAGUACGGCCCCGUGUUCAGCUUCACGAUGGUGGGCAAGACGUUCACGUACCUGCUGGGCAGCGACGCGGCGGCGCUGCUGUUCAACAGCAAGAACGAGGACCUAAACGCCGAGGACGUGUACAGCCGCCUCACCACGCCCGUCUUCGGGAAAGGAGUCGCCUACGACGUGCCCAACCCCGUGUUUCUGGAACAGAAGAAAAUGUUGAAGACGGGGCUUAACAUUACUCACUUCAAGCAGCACGUCCCUCUGAUCGAGAAGGAAACGAAGGAAUACUUUGCAAGUUGGGGAGAGAGUGGAGAAAAAAACCUGUUCGAGGCCCUGUCCGAGCUGAUCAUCUUGACGGCCAGCCACUGCCUGCACGGGCGCGAGAUCCGGAGCCAGCUGACCGAGAAGGUGGCCCAGCUGUACGCGGACCUGGACGGCGGCUUCAGCCACGCAGCCUGGCUCCUGCCCGGCUGGCUGCCCCUGCCCAGCUUCAGGCGCCGGGAUCGAGCCCACAGGGCCAUCAAGAAGAUCUUCUACGAGGCCAUCCAGCGGCGCAGGGAGACGCGGGAGCCAGUGGACGACAUCCUGCAGACUCUCCUAGAUGCCUCGUACAAGGACGGCCGUCCGCUGACGGACGACGAGGUGGCGGGGAUGCUCAUCGGGCUGCUGCUGGCCGGCCAGCACACGUCGUCCACCACCGGCACCUGGCUGGGCUUCUUCCUGGCCAGGGACCGGCGGGUCCAGGCCCAGUGCUUCGAAGAGCAGAAGCGCGUCUGCGGGGACGACCUGCCGCCGCUCAACUUCGACCAGCUCAAAGAUCUGACGGUGCUGGAUCGCUGCCUGAAAGAGACGCUGAGGCUCAGGCCGCCCAUAAUGACCAUGAUGAGGAUGGCCAGGACCACCCAGACGGUGGCGGGCUACACCAUUCCUCCGGGCCACCAGGUCUGCGUGUCCCCCACGGUGAACCACCGGCUCAGGGACUCCUGGAUCGAACGUCUGGACUUCAACCCCGACCGCUACCUCCAAGAAAACCCUGCGGCCGGCGAGAAGUUCGCCUACGUGCCCUUCGGGGCCGGUCGCCACCGCUGCAUCGGAGAAAACUUCGCCUACGUGCAGAUCAAGACCAUCUGGUCCACCCUGCUCCGACUCUACGACUUCGAGCUCCUCGACGGCUACUUCCCCACCGUGAACUACACCACCAUGAUCCACACGCCCAACAACCCCGUCGUCCGCUACCGCCGCCGGCUCGCGGGCGAGGCGGGGGGCGGCGGCCGCCCUUAGGAUCCGGGCUGGGCUCGGCGGGGUCGACGCGGGCUCCGCCCCGUGCCCGCGCGUCUGCUCGGGUGGCGCGCCACAUCGACGGUGACGGGUUUCUGACCUAAAGGUACCCGUUUUGAAAAACCGGCGGGUUCGUUCACCACACGACCCGCCCGGUCUGGAAAUCGCCGCCCGCGCCGGCACGGAUCCAUCCACGCCCGUGGGUAAAACGAUGCAGGAAUCUUUAUUCAGAACUUUUGACAAAAUACCCCAGAAAUUCAAAACUUCUACCCUUACAAAAAUAGGUCUCUCCAAGUGAGACUGUCUGUCCGCCCGCCCACCCGCCCCCACGGCCCCCACGGCCGCGGAGCCCCAAGGGCCCCUCCCUCCUUCCACCCACCUGAUAAAUUAAUCCUUCCUUAUAAGUUAAUCAUUUAAAUUAGCAUUCCACCACUCUACAGGUCAUUGGCUGAUGAUUGUGCUUCAAUAUACACAAACCGCUCGUA